CAGUCAGGACGCCACGGCUCCUCCCGAAGCGAUGGCCCAGCCCUACCCCCCCGCCCAGUACCCCCCGCCCCCGCAGAACGGCAUCCCCACGGAGUACGCCCCGCCCCCGCCGCACCCCACGCAGGACUACUCGGGCCAGACCCCCGUCCCCCCGGAGCACGGCAUGACCCUGUACACGCCAGCACAGACCCACCCCGAGCAGCCGGGCCCCGAGGCCAGCACGCAGCCCACCGCCGGGGCCCAGACGGUGCCGCAGACAGACGAGGCGGCACAGACGGACAGCCAGCCCCUGCACCCCUCCGACCCCACAGAGAAGCCGCAGCCCAAGAGGCUUCACGUCUCCAACAUCCCCUUCCGGUUCAGGGACCCCGACCUGCGGCAAAUGUUCGGGCAAUUCGGAAAAAUUUUAGACGUGGAGAUCAUUUUUAACGAGCGGGGCUCCAAGGGCUUUGGGUUUGUAACUUUUGAAACUAGCUCAGAUGCUGACCGAGCCCGGGAGAAGCUGAAUGGGACCAUCGUAGAGGGACGGAAAAUUGAGGUCAACAACGCCACGGCCCGGGUCAUGACCAACAAGAAGACUUCGAACCCCUACACCAACGGCUGGAAGCUCAACCCCGUGGUAGGCGCCGUCUACGGGCCUGAAUUCUAUGCAGUGACGGGGUUCCCCUACCCCACCACAGGCACGGCCGUUGCCUACAGGGGCGCACACCUACGGGGCCGGGGCCGGGCCGUGUACAACACGUUUCGGGCUGCGCCGCCCCCGCCCCCCAUCCCAACUUACGGAGCGGCGCUGGAGCGAACGCUUGUUAAAAUGCCAGUCCCGUGGGCAGGGCCGGCACCCUGCCCGCUCCCUCCUCAGCAGACGCCGGAGCCGGCCUACCCCACCUCUCCAGCGUUCCCACCACUUUCUUGUCCGUUUGCUUCCAGGGUCGUGUAUCAGGACGGCUUUUAUGGUGCUGAGAUUUAUGGGGGCUACGCCUACCGAUACGCUCAACCCGCGGCGGCGGCGGCGGCGGCGGCCGCCUACAGUGACAGUUACGGCCGAGUCUACGCGGCUGCCGACCCCUACCACCACACCCUCGGCCCCGCGGCGACCUACAGCAUCGGAACCAUGCCUCAGAUAUCCCAAGCAGCCCGUGGUAACCGCUGGUAGCCACAGGGAGCAGGCCCCUUGGGGACCCACAGCCCCCCCCCCCAGAUGGAGGCCCCGAACCUGCGGCUUGUGGCUU